GAUUUCUGUCUUUUCAAGAACAAAUUAUUCAUCAUCAAUCCAUUCCCAUAUGUUGAAUCCUCUGUGAAUUUUAUUGUAGGUUACUUUCUGACUAAGAUUUUUCAUCCAAACAUUGCAACAAAUGGUGAGAUUUGUGUCAACACAUUGAAAAAGGAUUGGAAUCCAAGUCUUGGGUUACGACAUGUUCUGAUUGUAGUCAGGUGUCUACUGAUAGAACCAUUUCCAGAAUCAGCUCUGAAUGAGCAGGCUGGCAAGAUGUUGCUUGAAAAUUACGAGGAGUAUGCCAGGCAUGCUAGACUGUACACUGGAAUUCAUGCUCUUAAGCAAAAACCAAAGUUUAAAUCAGGAGCUAUUUCAGAGUCGACCACUGCCUUGAAUGUCGACCAGUCAAAUACCUCAGUUCUCAGCGUUGAUGAGAAGAAAGCAAGUUCUGGAGCUGCAUUACCAUUGCCAUCACCAUUGGCUUCAACUACAACAUUCACCAAAGGGGGAAAUGGGCAGGAUCAGCCAGCCUCGGUCUUGAAUUCAACAACCGAGACCGGAGUUAGCAGUGACUCAGUGGCGGCACCACCACCAACAGGAUCAGCAAUAUCCUCUACAUGUUUAUAUUUUUCCCUUUCGAAAGAUUUAUUGUUUGUUUUGAAUGCUUGGAUUUGGGCUGCCCUAUAAUUUCCAAAAGCGAAAGUUCUCAUUGUAGGCCUUUUUAAAUAAAUGGAAAAUAAUGGUGAAUUUUAGAUUUUAUUUUAUUAUUUUA